AUGCAAUAUUUUGAGAAAAAACGUACUGUAUCAGAACCGGCUAAUUUGUUUACAGACUUUUUGAAGCAACAACAACAAAACCUAAAUGUUAAAAAUGAUUCAAUUGAUAAAUAUCCUGGUUUAUCUUAUGAAUUUAUCAACAAGCAUCCAUUAUUGAAAACUUUAAUUGAUUGGUAUCUGUUAAUUGAUGAAGAUGAUAGAAUAUGUGAUGAUAAACAUCGAUUAUUAAAAGAAUUUAUUAAUGCAAUUAUCUAUAAUUUAACUAAAUCAAGUAAUCAUUUUCGAUACAGUGAUAGUAUUAAAGAUUUUCCAUUGUCUUUAUAUAUUUUGGGAGGCAAGCUUACAUAUGAAUUUGUGAGGUUAAAUUUACCGGGUUCUUCACCAAAUUUAAUAAUGUUACAUUCAUUAAUUUCAAAUUCAAAUUUGAAGAUUUCUGAAGUGGAAUUUCGAUUUGAUGAACUUCAAAACAAAUUCAAAAAUCUUAAUAUUCAAUAUGCAUUUGGUUCCGAAGACAUGACACGUGUUAUUAAAAAAAUAAAAUAUGAUUCAAUAGCAAACACUUUCGUUGGGUUUCCUACGCCACUUGCCCAUAGAAUACCAAUUAAAGAAUACUACAAAACUGAUUCAUUUGAUAUACUUAAAUUAUGGUUUAGUUCGAUCGAAAAAUCGUCAUUAUUGAAUGUACAUAUGAUACAGCCAUUGCAAUCUUCAAGUCAGAACGUAAUUCCAAGUCCAUUUUUAUUAGCAGCAUACGGGACUAACACUACAACUACAGCUGAUGAUAUACUUCAAAGGUGGUGGUAUAUAUUCAAUCAAUUUUCACAAAGAAAAAUAAGAAUAAUUGGUUUUUCCACUGAUGCAGAUGCAAAAUAUUUACGCGCAAUGCGUUUGAUUAGUGGAUUCUUUGAUUCUAGUCCUAAUCUUCAACUUCAUCAACAUCCACUAGCUUUUAAAAUACAAACAACAUCACAAUGGCCUUGA